CAAAAGACUGCCUCCAACCCAGGAGAAUGUGCUGUGUUUUUUAACUUCACCAUGAUUCCUCCUGGAGAAAGUGUUGAUGAGAGAGAGGGCAAGCAUUACAAGGAGUUGAUAAAGGUGAUCAGUUGGUUUUUCUUCGACCUACUUUUACUUGGCUAUGUGGAAGAUCCAAUAACUGGUCUGUCAGUCUGCAUAUCUGGUGGAAUGGACUGGAAGAUAUAUGUAGAAGUGCCAUCUCAGAUUGGUUCUGGUAACCCCAAAGAAUCUCUUGCCAACUUGAUUGAAGUAAUACCAGCACUGGGCAUCGUUGGUGAACCCUGCCCUAUUGACCAACGAACAAAGUACACUAUUGAUGCAGAUGUUCAACUGGUUUGUAAGUAUUUCAAUGCCUACCAAACGUAUAAGGAAAAUGGCUGUGGUGGAAUCAACCAACUCUUCAACGGUAGAGAUAUUGUGAAGUUUAGUACACAGCCAGAUCUCUCUCAUCAGAAAUGUUACGAAUUGCUAACCAAAAGCUGGCCCAAAUUUUCUGAAGUCUCAAAAGUUAGACAAAAGUUGUUUAUCAAGUACAUGAAACGCCGCUGUGCUUUCCUAGACGUAAUUCCAGCCUUCAAUUUCAAUACUGGAGCUGGAGAAUACUAUGAUGAUCCAGAGACAAGACAGAAGGAAGUAUCAAACACACGGCAACUUGGAUCAACUCUAAUGGAGACUAUGCUAAAAGAAGCAGAGGACUUUUGUUCCCUUGUAAAGCAGAAUUGGUUAAAUGAACCGCACCAGCAGUUGAUCUAUGAAAUCAAAGACGGUGGAGGUUCUUUCGGUCUUCUCUCACUUAACCCUGAUGAACUUCCUUCUGAUGAUGUGAUCAAGUUCGAAAAGAUUGGAGUACAAAUUCCAUCAAUGGAUGAACUACAUCAACGAACCACUCUUGAAGAUUAUUUGUCUAGAGCUCUUAACUUUGAAGUAAAGGAUAUUAUUGAUCAAUGCAACUAUGUUUUAACUCUGGACUACACCAUUAAAAUGCUCAACAUUCAUGAGAGGCGUAUGUGUGGAGUGCCAGUUAUUAUUGAGGGCGAGACUGGAGUAGGAAAGACAGCACUAUUGGAGAUGCUGUCUAAUUUGUGGACCCAUUCUUUGCUACAUGAAUUAAACUUGAGAAAGGGUCGUAUUCUUGAUUUUAUGAGAAGAAAACUUCAACAACUAGCUGCCAAUAAUUCCGUGGAUAUGAAAAGCAUUGCGUGUGUGGGAGAUAUAAGUGCUGGAGUACCAGUUAAUGAAGAAGAUCUGGUAAAUGUGUGUUGCCUUCCAGAUGCAACGUCAUCCACGGGCUAUUUCUACACAACUCUACAAUCUGAGCUAUCAAGUAUGAAGCAAGAUAAAAGUUUAUUGCUUCUUACAGCGAAGACAAAAGGCCAGAAGCCUCUAAGUGAAUACUUCACUCUGUAUAGUGACAAAAGUGCACAGGCUACGGCGUGUCUGCUCCAUGCCGUGUUAACAUCUGAAGUGAAAUCAACCUUCCACAAGAUCAAUGUACAUGCAGCCCUCACACCACAGCAGGUUGGGCGACACCUUCAUCCUGCUAUAGAACAGGCCAGAUUUUUAAUGAACACACCUUUUGACGGAAAAGACAAGAAGAGCCUCACUUCCAUUUAUCACUGUCUUUCUGGAUGAAAUCAACACUUCGUCAUGUUUAGGGCUUUUCAAGGAACUAAUAGUGGAUCACACUUUUGAUGGAGAGCCUAUUCCAGAAAAUAUGUUCAUUGUUGCUGCCUGCAACCCCCACCGUGGCAACAGCCUUGGAGUUCAUACGGAAAGCAGCAACAAAACUUUUUCAAUGGAUGAUUGGACUCGCAGUACGUACUAUGUGCGACAACUUCACCCAACUUUAGAACUCCUCAAGUGGGACUAUGGGUCACUGGAUGAGAGGCAAGAAAGGCACUACAUUGAUGCAAAGAUGAGAAUGUUAAGUAAAGAGAUUGCUGUUGAUUAUAUUGAAGACCUGACUACUUUGAUUUCUGAGAGCCAGAAGCUGAUGCGAACUUAUGUGUCAAAGCACCUGUGCAAAUUUCACAAAAAUAAAUCAAGCGAGGCUAGUGUCGAAGCCUGGAGCUGUGUUAGCCAAAGAGAUAUUCAACGAGUGUUUGUUAUAUUCCAAUGGCUUCAGAAGUUCUACAAAGCCUCAAUGCAUCAUGGGAAAAUUGCGACUAUUCACGUCGUGCUAUCUUAGUAUCCCUUGGCGUUGUUUACUACAUGCGCCUCAGUAAUGAGUACAGGAAUGAAUAUAAGAAAGAGAUGGAUGCCAAAUCUCCCACAAAACCUAACUUCUCUGCAGCAUUCCAGGAAGAAGUAAAGUUCUUCAUGGAUAACAUCAAACUCCCUACUGGCAUUGCUCGGACACAGGCUUUGAUGGAAAAUGUCUUUGCUACAAUUGUUUGCACGUGCACACGCACCCUCUUAUCAUUGUGGGUGCUCCUGGGUCAUCAAAAACACUUUCUUUUAAUCUUGUUAUCGAUAAUUUAAAGGGGCAAGCAAUCAACAGUAGAUAUUUUUAGCAACACUGAGAUUUUUCACUCCCUUGAUCCUCACUUUUAUCAAUGUUCACGUCAAACAACAUCAAAUGAAAUUGAAACUGUUUUCUCACGGGCAAUCAAUCGCCAGCAAAGCCACUCCCGCUUUUUUCUGCCUAUUUAUUGUGUAGUGUUCAUGGACGAGGCUGGGCUUCCAGAGGAAAGCCACGAGUCCCUGAAAGUCCUCCACUACCACCUCGACCGCCAAGAGGUCUCCUUUGUGGCUAUAACAAAUCACAUGCUUGAUGCAGCAAAAAGUAACCGUGCUAUAUGCCUUUUUCGGUCUGAGGCUACAAAAGAAGACUAAAAACACUUGCCAAGGAGUGUUUAUCUUCAAAAACAGAUUCUCUACAACCACAAAAUGACUUAAAAUUGGUUGAAAAUUUCUCUUGUGCUUUCUAUGAGCUCAUGCAAAAAAAGGGAAGGGCCUUCUGUCAUUUCUUUGGUCUUCGUGACUUCAUCCACUUCAUAAAUUACCUUCGGCGGAGACAUGGGCGAAUGCUUAAGGAGCAGGUGGUGAUGGAGGCGAUUGAGAGAAAUUUCAAUGGAUUUAAACAAUUUGAUGAAAUUGCGAAGGAGUUUCUAAGAGCUAUGAAGUUUAAGUUCGACUCAGUUCAUAAGCGAACUACUUUGAAUGUACUAAAGGAUAGUCUAAAAGAUAAUCCAGAGGACAGAAAGCAUAUAUCUGAGUGUGAGGUUCGAUACAAACUUAUUAUUGACCCUUCUGAAGAUGGGUCCAUAAUCCCCUUACUUUUUUCCCUCGGAGUGCUUAACCGACAAACUACAAAGGUUUAUAUGUGCAGUGAUUUUCCAGGGGAAAUUCAAACGCAAAAGAUAAACACAAUUGCUGCAAUUCGUCACUCUGCAAUAGAAGGUCAUACAGUAAUAAUGAGCCAGACAGACAGCAUACAUGAAAGUUUCUAUGACCUCUUCAAUCAGCGAUUUCGUCGUAUUGACAACCCCCAUGAGGGUCCCAGAUACUAUACAAACAUCGCAAUCGGUGCACAUUCACGACCAUGCAGGAUCCACCCUAACUUUCAAUGUGUGGUGGUUGUGAAAGAGUCAGAAGUUAAGCAAACACCAGCACCAUUUCUGAACAGAUUCGAGAAGUACUCCAUAACACAUGGAACUCUGCUGGACAAUGCCCUUUCUCCCCUUCCACCCUGCCUUGUGAGAAUGCUUCUUGCCGCAAAAGAAAAAGUUGAGAGUUUUGUUCAGCACAUUGGCAAACCUGGAUUCUAUGGACUUCGCCAGUCUGACACAGUUGACUCUCUUGUUCUUUGUAUUUUGCCUCCAGUUGAGUUUGUGUUCCAGUGCAACAGAAUAGAAAUGCCUCCUGAUUCUGAGGAAGACGUUGAGGUUUACUUAAUGAAUCUUUCAUUGAAAUACCUCAGAGAAAAUUUAGGAUUGCAAAUUCCUUGUAUUUCAGCUGAUGAGUUGAAGACAGAUACGGAAGCAGUCUUUACUAUUGUCAAAUGUGAUUCUGAAUUUUUAAAGGACAUUGAGGAAAUGAGCUGGCAAAAGCAUUUGAUUCGAGCAGAAGCAGUUUAUGAGGCUAUUAGUUUCCUGCAAAGGACAACAGAGCAAGAGAUACAUAGUGAUAACCACUUUCAUAUAUCAACGGAGGGCUGCAUUGUGAUACAAGCACUUCAGCAGUGGCUCGUUCACUACCUAGUCAAGCGACUGAUGCAGCUUAUGACAGCGGAAGCCUUCAUUGAUAGUCGUUUCAAGUUACCUCUCUCAUACCUUAAAACCUACCUUGAUGAUCAAGCUCAUUUCUCUCUGAGAGCCCUCAUCACUUUAUAUCUAGGAAACAAAUGGGACACAACACCUCGCACCUCAAAACUCCUCUGUUUCACACGUUCUUCUUCAUUGAUAUAUCAACUGCCGGCCCAGUAUCCUAACCAGCUGUAUGAAAGCAGAAUUGUAACGACAUUAAGCAGAAUCUGAAGGUUCGAACCCAUCUCGAGUCUUGCGUUGACGAAGAGGAUAUGGACGGGUAUUCGUAUCGAUCGGAGGCGUUCGAUUUCGACUGUUCGUUCGUGCUGACUCUGAGGACACAGGCUGUUCUGGUCCUUGUUCUGGAUG